AUGGAGUAUCAUAGUGGAGGAAGUGGGUCCCCUGGUGAUCAUCAUCAUCAUCACCAUGAUGGUUCUUCUGAAUCUCAGAGGAGAAAGAAACGUUAUCAUCGUCACACUGCUAAUCAGAUUCAAAGGCUUGAAUCGAUGUUCAAGGAUUGUCCACAUCCUGAUGAAAAACAAAGGUUGCAGUUAAGCAGAGAAUUAGCCUUGGCUCCUAGACAAAUCAAGUUUUGGUUUCAGAACAGAAGGACUCAGAUGAAGGCACAACAUGAAAGAGCUGAUAAUUGUACACUAAGGGCAGAGAAUGAUAAAAUAAGAUGUGAGAAUAUAGCAAUAAGGGAAGCCCUUAAAAAUGUCAUCUGCCCCUCUUGUGGUGGUCCUCCAAUCAAUGAUGAUUGUUAUUUUGAUGAACAAAAAUUGAGAAUUGAAAAUGCUCAACUCAAAGAAGAGCUUGAUAGAGUAUCUAGCAUUGCUGCAAAAUACAUUGGAAGACCAAUUUCACAGCUUCCACCAGUUUCACCAAUUCACAUGUCAUCAUUGGAUUUAUCAAUGGGAAAUUUUGGUGGACAAGGAAUGGUUGGAGGACCUUCACUUGAUCUUGAUCUUCUACCAGGAAGUUCAUCAAACAUGCCAAUGGUUCCUUACCAACCUGCUUGUCUUUCUGAUCUCGAAAGGUCACACAUGUCUGACCUUGCUACAAGUGCCAUGGAUGAACUCGUUAGGCUUUUGCAGGCGGAUGAUCCUUUGUGGAUGAAAUCAAACACUGACGGAAAAGUUGUUCUUAAUCUUGAUGCCUACGAUAUGAUGUUCGAUAAGACUGGUAAUCGGUUGAAGAAUCCGAAUAUUCGGAUUGAAGCUUCUAGGGAUUCUGGUGUUGUUAUCAUGAAUAGUUUAACUCUGGUUGAAAUGUUUAUGGAUCCAAACAAGUGGAUGGAGCUUUUUCCUACUAUUGUGACAAUGGCGAAGACAAUUGAAAAUAUUGCUCCUGGAAUGAUGGGUGGACAUAGUGGUUCUUUGCAAUUGAUGUAUGAAGAGUUGCAAGUGCUUUCACCAUUUGUACCUAUUAGAGAAUUCUACUUUCUGCGCCACUGUCAACAAAUUGAGCAAGGUUUAUGGGCUAUAGUUGAUGUUUCAUAUGAUUUUCCUAAUGACAACCAAUUCGGUUCACAAUUUCGAUGCCAUCAUCUUCCGUCUGGUUGCUUCAUUCGAGACAUGCCUAAUGGAUAUUCGAAAGUUACUUGGAUUGAACAUGUUGAGAUUGAAGAUAAAACUCCAGUUCAUCGGCUUUAUAAAAAUGUCAUCUAUAGUGGAGUUGCAUUCGGUGCUGAAAGAUGGCUCACUACACUUCAAAGAAUGUGUGAAAGACUUGCUUGUCUCAUGGUGUCUGCGAAUUCUACCCGCGACCUUGGCGGAGUGAUUCCUUCACCUGAGGGAAAGAGGAGUAUGAUGAAACUGGCACAAAGGAUGGUAACAAAUUUCUGUGCAAGUAUAAGUGCAUCAGCAAGUCAUAGAUGGACCACACUUUCAGCUUCUAAUGAGAUUGGAGUCAGAGUUACUGUGCGAAAGAGUACCGAUCCUGGUCAGCCAAAUGGUAUUGUGCUGAGUGCAGCUACAACCAUUUGGUUACCUCUUCCUCCACAACAUGUUUUCAAUUUCUUCAAAGAUGAAAGGAAAAGAUCUCAGUGGGAUGUUCUUUCCCAUGGUAAUGCUGUUGUUCAAGAAGUUGCUCAUAUAGCAAAUGGUUCACACCCUGGUAACUGCAUUUCUGUUCUUAGGGCUUAUAACACAAGUCAAAACAACAUGUUGAUACUUCAAGAAAGCUGUGUGGACUCAUCAGGUUCACUAGUAGUCUAUUGUCCGGUCGAUUUACCAGCUAUCAACAUAGCAAUGAGCGGUGAGGACCCGUCCUACAUUCCAUUACUCCCGUCCGGUUUCACAAUUACAUCCGACGGAAACCAAAGUGACAACACCAACAACAAUAAUAAUAAUAAUAAUAAUAACAAUAUUCAAGGAGGAAGUGGUAGUAAUAAUGGCGACGGAGCAUCGACAAGCUCGAACACAAACAUGGGAAAUAAUAGCGGAGGAUCAUUGAUCACAGUUGCGUUUCAAAUAAUGGUAAGCAGUUUACCAUCUGCAAAACUUAACAUGGAGUCUGUUACAACUGUGAAUAACCUUAUUAGUGAGACAGUCCAACACAUAAAAGCUGCUUUGAAUUGCCCUAGUUCUUGA